CUAGCGCCAUCCUGUAGCCUGAGUUUAACCACCCCAGAGAGAAACAGAGCCUUUAACGCGCCGAACACUGAGCCGGUGCCGUGCUUUACUUGGUCCCCGGCUUUGUGCGGGAGGCGCUCGGUCUGCGGCGCAAGGCCCCGCACACAGACCCCUUUGCGUGCCCGAGAGCCAGGGCUCAGUGGCCAUACACUUAUCUUCGCACCUCCCGGGCCCGGCCGGUUGGAUCGAGACCCUGUGAGAGCGGUGUCCCGCUCCUCCCGUGAUCCGCCGGGCCUGGGGGCUCCGCUAAGCUCGGGGCUGCUCCCCCCAUGAGCAGCACCUCAGCAUAGCCAUAGCUAUGUUCGGCGGCGACACGCAGAGAACUCCUUCGGCAAGGAGGAAUUCGGCAAAGAGCGUUUGAUUUCCUUUUGUUUUUAUGUGUGUGUGUCUGUAUGGAUAAAGUGUUCUUCCUUUGGAUCUCCUCAAGGCUGAACUCCUGGGUUGUUUCUUUUAAGCCGGUUGCUCCGACCGUGGGAAAGAUGCUACCUUGGCGCUGCGGUGACACUUUUGCCAAGUCUGGGGUGGUGUGGGGGUUAGGGAACUAAAGCUUUGAAACCUCUGCCCAGUUUUCCUCUCCUCGUUCGCCUGUCUCUUUCAUCCAGCUGGGCUCCUCCAACAACUGGACGCCUCCAGUUCUCUACCAGAUGUACAACUUUCAAUUAUUUUCAGCACAUCUUAAUCAGAACUGUCUCUGAUAACGCCCUAAUUAAAGAGACCUCACUAUCGGCAGCUCGGUUCAGAACCCAACUUUCUUAUCACAUUCCUGAAGCUUUGGGUCAGGCAACACCGGAAAAUGCGGCCAAAACCUCGUUCUGCUCCGAGCUGAGUUUUGAAGGUCACCGAAAGUCUGCGCCGGGCCAGAAGUAACGUGGAAAGUGUUACAGCACCGUGGCGUUUGACGGGACCCCCAGCUAUGGCCACACGCCGUCGCACCACGCCGCCCAGUUUACAAACCACUCCUUCAAACACGAGGACCCCAUCAGCCAGCAGCCCUCGCUAGGGGAACAGCAGUACUCGGUGCCUGCUCCUGUGUACGGCUGUCACACCCCCACCGACAGCUGCACUGGCAGCCAGGCCUUGCUCCUCCGGACCCCUUACAACAGUGACAAUUUGUACCAAAUGACCUCACAGCUUGAGUGCAUGACAUGGAAUCAAAUGAACUUGGGAUCCACGCUGAAGGGCCAUACAGCAGGAUAUGAAAAUGAGAACCACAGUGCUCCCAUGUUGUACAGCUGUGGGGCCCAAUACAGAAUACAUACCCAUGGAGUUUUUAGAGGCAUACAAGAUGUCCGACGGGUGCCAGGAGUAGCUCCGACUAUUGUCCGAUCAGCAAGUGAGACAAAUGAAAAACGUCCCUUCAUGUGUGCGUACCCUGGCUGCAACAAGAGAUACUUUAAGUUGUCCCAUUUACAGAUGCACAGCAGAAAGCACACUGGUGAAAAGCCUUAUCAGUGUGAUUUUAAGGACUGUGAACGAAGAUUUUCCCGUUCAGACCAACUCAAACGCCACCAAAGACGACACACAGGCGUGAAGCCCUUCCAAUGUAAAACCUGUCAGAGAAAGUUCUCCAGAUCUGAUCAUCUGAAGACUCAUACCAGGACUCAUACAGGUAAAACAAGUGAAAAGCCUUUCAGUUGCCGGUGGCCCAGCUGUCAAAAAAAAUUUGCCAGGUCUGAUGAAUUAGUUCGUCAUCACAACAUGCACCAGAGGAACAUGACUAAGCUGCAGUUGGCCCUUUAGGCAGUCCAAACAAGUGAAUAAACCAGUGGGACAUUAUGAGCUACUGCAAACUUUAUCAGCCAUCUUCGAUCACCUCUGUCAGAAAGCUGCAGCUGUCUUCACAUCCCAUUUGACACAAGUUAACUAAACUGUAGGAUUCUGCUCAGCCUUGUCUUCCAUUUGGACUUGCACAAGUUCCCAUUCAAUAAGUUCAAGAUAUUUUUACUUGUUCUUUUGUUAAAAAGUAAGCAAGGUUGCCACAGUUAUAGAAUAUUAUAAGCUAUGCUUAACCUUUCUCAUUUGUCUCUAGUUUUCUGGUUUUAUUUUCACUUGAACUUUUCUAGGUGCAAAGUCUUGUGCUUUUUUAACUCCUACGGUGGGUGGGUGGAUCCUCCCCAUUGAAGGUAAGCUUUAUGCUUACUUCAUCUGUGCAUACGCUGAGGUUUCCCAAUGCUAGUACAGCUAUCCUCACAAAAUGAGAUGGACCAAUCACCUGAGAUACUUCGGGUAAACUUUAUACUUGUGCUGCCAAAGGGCAAGUUUUUUAAGUUGGAAAACCAGCUUUUGAAUAUCACAAAUUAAACAUUUUUAAAGGACAUAUUUCUAGAGCAGCUAAAGAUAGAUGACCCAGAGCCUCUCUGUACAGAAAAUAAGAAUCUUACCAUUAAGUUAACUUGUUUUUUAAAUAAUCAUAUAAUUGAUCCUCCCCAAACUGUUUUGUUUGUCGAUUAACUCUCUCCCUUUCUCUGUCUCUGCUUAAUGUAUUGGUUUAAAUUUAUUCUGUUGUAAGAUGCAUAGAUCUUCUUUACACAAACAGAAUUGCAAUCAUUGUAGACAUUUGAGAUUUGUUUACAAUGUAAAGCCACACUGGUUAUGUGGCUGGCAAGCUGUAUAAACUUAAAACUGAACUUCUAAUGGGGCUGGUCCAGGAUCUCCAUUAGCAGAUUACUCUUAAGAUAAGUAACUUAAAAAGAUUCUUUGUCAAGUAUAUGUGAAAAAGACAUUAUUAGUGUAACAAAAUAUAUUGUUUCAGGGGUUUGGGAGGAGGGAUUUAUUAUUUACUUUUAAUUGCUUGAAAUUUUGUGUAUAUGUAUAUCUGAUAAUGUAUUGCUCUUAGACAUCUAAAAUUAGAAAGUGUAUAAAUAUUAGAUGCAUCACUGUUCUGAUGUUGUUGCUGUUACAAACUAUUGAUAACACUAAGAAUGUAACCUGCAUUUUUCACUGAGCUUUCAAUUAAAGCCCAUUCAAAGAGAAACAA